AUGCCUUUAGGGGAAAUAAUGAAUUACGAUUUUGCAGGAUACUACCGGUUCGACAUCCUCAUCUUGCUAACAUAUCAGAUGAACCAUUUCUUUGGCGUUCAACAACUGUUCCCCAUUUUCCUCAAUCACACCCCCAAAACUGUAUGUCAAGGUGAGCGAUGUUACUACGUGCCGAAGAACAAAUGUAUGGAUUGCCCAGACUGCCCGGAUCUUUGCGCAAAUGCCACCACAUCCGCGGCAAAGUCUGAAUGCGUCACCAAAUACUCACAUGCAUAUUACAAGUCCGCUGCCAUGGAAUUCAAUAUAUACUGUAAACCCGGGUGGAAGGAUUUCCGCCCUGCUUUCGCGCAAUACUUAGGUGUGUUGAUUGGAAACAUUAUUCUUGGAUGGGUUGCCGAUCAAAUUGGACGUCGAAAGACUUACCUGCUGUCACUUUUCAUCGGAAUACCAGCUUUGGCGCUUUCUGGAGCCUUCGAUAACAUUGCUGUAUUCUACUUCCUUAGAGCGGUCACUGGUAUUGGAAUUGCUGGCACAAUGGUAGUCGGAUGGGCGUACUUCUCAGAAUUGGUGUCACCGCAUCAAAGAUUCAAGCUGAGAACGUUCAGUAACUGGGCUAAUGGUCGUAUUAUGCUGACUCUGGUCUGUCUCUUUGCUGGCGAAUGGCGUCUAUCGUCGUAUCUCUCAGCUGCAAUCUCCUGCAUCAAACUAUGCAUCGUGCUGUUCAUAUUACCCGAGAGUCAUAUAUGGCUCAGGAAAAAGGGACGUUUCGUUGAAAGCGAGGAAAGCCGCAAGCGUAUUGCAUACUUGUCUGGAAUGGAAUUCGAGCCGAUGGAACCACCAGAGGACAAAGGUGAAACGAAACAACCGGAAAAGUCUGUCAGCAUCCUUGACGUAUUCAAGGAGCCUACACUGAGACGAAACCUUCUAGUGUUAUGGGUGAUGUGGUUUGUUACCGGCAUGACUGCGUAUCUAACUGAUCUCUGCGGUGGUGACAUGACGAAAAACUUCUGGGUGGGACAGUUCCUCUCCGGAAUUCUGCUUUCGGUCGUGAGAAUCAUCAUCGGAUUCGCUGACGGAUUCCUGCCAUGGAUGGGUCGUCGCUUCGUGCUGCUGGUCUCCCAGGGUCUUGCUGUUGGAUUCUUCGCUUGUGUCAUUGCAUUCUUGUACAUGGGAGCUAAAGGCGAAUGGUACUACACUGCUGUCUAUCUAGCCGCUUUCGUCUUCACUUCAAUUGUUUGGGAACCAUGUUACCUGUGUGCUUCGGAGCUCAUGCCUACCGAUGUCCGUGCCACUAGCACCGCUUCCUGCUCGAUUAUUGGACGUGUCGCAAAUAUUGGAGCUUCCAUGCUCAGCGGUCUCAAAACUAUCUACGAACCGGGUGUCCAUAUGAUCUCUAUGGUUUGCGGACUCUCAAACAUACUUGUUGCGUUUAUCUGGCUACAGGAGACCAAGAACUGCAGUUUGGACAGUGCCGGAAAGAAACCUGAAGAUGCGAAAGCGGAUGCUAAGGAGAUGGAAACACUUCUACCAAAGGCGGAAAACGCAGCGGACACAGGUUCGGUCCCGAAGUCAGAUGAGAAGCACUAG